UCCGUCUCUGAAGCGCCUCAGUGGCAGUUCCCGCCUUGGCUACGUUGGCCGCCCAGCGACUUCGCAGGUUGCCGAAGCCCCACAGCUAAUCGAGCGGGAGGCUCAUCGGGGAAUGGGGAGCCGCGCUGGGCCAGGCGGCCAAGGCGGUUGCUGCGGGCUGUGCGGCCUCAGAGUCGCCGUCGCAGUCUUCUUGCUGGCGCUUCUGCCCGGCCGGGUAUUUUCAGACUCGUGUAUCUGGUAUGGCGAGUGUGAAGUUGCUUCUGGAGAUAAAAGGUACAAUUGUGAAUAUAAGGGCCCACCGUUGCCACUACCGAAAGAUGGCUAUGAUUUGGUACAGGAACUCUGCCCAGGUUUUUUCUAUGAGAAUGUUAGCCUUUGUUGUGAUGUAGAACAACUUCAGGCUUUGAAAAACAACUUGGAGCUCCCGCUGCAGUUUCUUUCCAGGUGCCCAUCAUGUUCUUAUAAUUUUGUAAACCUGUUCUGCGAACUAUCCUGCAGUCCUCAUCAGUCUGAAUUUCUCAAUGUAACAAAUACAACUUCAUAUAUUGAUCCAGUUACAAAAGAGAAGAAAACCAACGUCGUUGAACUGGAGUAUUACAUUGGAGAAAAAUUUGCUAAUGCUAUGUAUAAUGCAUGUAAAGAUGUGGAGGCACCAUCAAGCAAUGUUAAAGCACUGGGACUGUUGUGUGGAAAAGAUGUUAGGGAAUGCAAUGCAACCAACUGGAUUCAGUACAUGUUCAGCAAGGAUAAUGGUCAAACUCCUUUCAACAUGAUUCCAAUAUUUUCAGAUGUUUCUAUCCGUGGGAUGACUCCUAUGAACAAUGCCACCAAAGGCUGUAAUGAGUCUGUGGAUGAUGUCACUGGGCCUUGCAGUUGUCAGGAUUGCUCUAUUGUCUGUGGUCCCAAACCACAACCCCCUCCACCUCCUUUACCUUGGCUUUUGCUUGGUUUGGAUGCCAUGUAUGUCAUCAUGUGGAUCUCCUACACAGGAUUUUUGCUUGUGUUUUUUGCAGCAGUUUUUGGAGUUUGGUGUUACAGGAAGAGACACUUUGUUUCUGAAUACACACCUAUUGACAGCAACAUUGCCUAUUCUGUUAACUUACGCCAGAAUACUGGAGACGCUACGUCGUGUGAAAGGCUGGGUGAAAGAUUUGAGAACGUGUUAAGAGUCACAUUCACAUCAUGGGGGGCUUUCUGUGUUCGAAACCCAAGACCUGUUGUGCUCUUUUCCCUGGCUUUUAUUGCCAUGUGCUCCUCAGGCCUGAUGUUUGUCAAAGUAACAACAAAUCCUAUAGACCUCUGGUCAUCCCCAAACAGUGAAGCUCGCAAAGAGAAGGAGUAUUUUGAUACUCACUUUGGACCUUUCUUCCGUACUGAACAACUUAUUAUCCAAGCUCCAAACGCCAAGCCAGAAAUUUAUUCUCCAUAUCCAUCAGGAGCAGAUAUUCCUUUCGGGCCUCCAUUAACUAAAGAUAUCUUGCAUCAGGUGCUAGACUUGCAGAAUGCUAUUGAAAACAUAACUGCUUCUUAUAAAAAUGACACCGUAAUGCUGAAGGACAUCUGCCUGGCUCCUCUUGCUCCCAACAACAACAACUGUACUAUUUUAAGUGUACUCAAUUAUUUCCAGAACAGUCAUUCUGUCCUAGAUCACAGUAUUGGUGAUGAAUUCUUUGUCUAUGCGGACUACCACUCUCACCUCUUGUACUGUGUCCGGGCUCCAGCCUCUUUGAAUGACACAACAUUGCUUCACGAUCCAUGUUUGGGAACAUUUGGUGGCCCUGUGUUUCCUUGGUUGGUGAUGGGUGGAUAUGAUGGUGAAAAUUACAAUAAUGCUACAGCCCUUGUGAUCACAUUUCCUGUCAAGAAUUACUACAAUGACACAGAAAAGCUAAUGAAAGCACUGGCCUGGGAAAAGGAGUUCAUCUCUUUUCUGAAAAACUACAACAACUCAAAUUUAACAAUUUCUUUCUCUGCUGAACGUAGCAUUGAAGAUGAAAUAGACCGGGAAAGCUACGGUGAUGUCAGUACUGUUGUAAUUAGCUACGCAGUAAUGUUUGUGUAUAUCUCUAUAGCUCUGGGACACAUCAAGAGUGCUGCUAGAUUCUUGGUGGAUUCAAAAAUUUCCUUGGGCGUUGCAGGCAUUCUGAUUGUACUGAGUUCAGUUGCAUGUUCUCUGGGCAUCUUCAGCUAUUUUGGAGUUCCCUUAACAUUGAUUGUUAUUGAAGUCAUUCCAUUUUUAGUGCUGGCAGUUGGAGUGGACAACAUUUUCAUUAUUGUCCAGACAUUUCAGAGAGAUGAACGCCUUCAAGGUGAAACUCUAGACAAGCAGAUAGGCCGAAUCCUUGGAGAUGUGGCUCCUAGUAUGUUCCUGUCAUCAUUUUCAGAGACAGUGGCCUUUUUAUUGGGAUCUUUGUCUACUAUGCCUGCUGUUCGUACUUUCUCCCUAUUUGCUGCAGUCGCUGUAUUUAUUGACUUUCUCCUUCAAAUUACUUGCUUUGUAAGCCUCUUGGGCUUGGAUAUUAAGCGUCAAGAGAAAAAUCGAUAUGAUAUUCUGUGUUGUAUCAAAGGUGGUGAAGAGAUCAAUAAUGUUCAGCACUCUGAAAGUGUGUUGUUUUUAUUCUUCAAAAAUAUAUAUUCUCCAUUUCUUCUUAAGGAUUGGAUGAGACCAGUUGUGAUAUCCAUAUUUGUGGGUGUGCUGUCCUUCAGCAUAGCAGUUGCCAACAAAGUCGAGAUUGGCCUGGACCAGAGCCUGUCGAUGCCAGAUGACUCGUACAUGUUGGAUUACUUCAGCUCUCUCAGCAAAUACCUGCAUGCAGGUCCUCCAGUAUACUUUGUGCUAAAACAAGGACAUGACUAUACUACUUUGGAUGGGCAAAAUAUGGUGUGUGGUGGAACAGGAUGUGACAACAACUCCCUAGUUCAAGAAAUAUUUGAUGCAGCAGAGAUUAACAGUUACACAAAAAUUGGUUAUGCUCCUUCUUCUUGGAUUGAUGACUACUUUGAUUGGGUCAAACCACAGUCAUCCUGUUGCAGAAUCUACAACACCACUGGGCAGUUCUGCAAUGCUUCAGUUGUUGAUCCAUCCUGUGUGCGCUGCCGGCCACUGACUCCAGAAGGGAAGAAGAGACCUCAGGGUGAAGACUUCAUGAAAUUCCUGCCAAUGUUCCUCUCUGAUAACCCUAAUCCAAAAUGUGGCAAAGGGGGACAUGCAGCAUAUAGCUCUGCAGUUAACUUUGUAAACAGCUCUGAAGUUGGAGCUACCUACUUCAUGACUUACCAUACAGUGUUGAAAACCUCUGCAGACUUCAUUGAUGCAAUGAAGAAAGCACGUGUGAUAGCAUACAAUAUUACUAAAUCCAUGAGCACUGAAGAAAAGAACUAUCAUGUAUUCCCCUACAGCGUGUUCUAUGUUUUCUAUGAACAAUAUCUCACUAUUGUGAAAGACACCAUCUUUAACCUCAGUAUUUCCCUUGGAUCAAUAUUCUUAGUAACAAUGGUGCUGCUUGGUUUUGAAGUGUGGGCUGCCAUUGUUGUUACCCUUACCAUUGCUAUGAUCCUGGUCAACAUGUUUGGAGUCAUGUGGCUCUGGGGCAUCAGCCUGAAUGCAGUUUCAUUGGUUAAUCUUGUCAUGAGUUGUGGUAUCUCUGUUGAAUUCUGUAGCCAUGUGACAAGAGCAUUCACUGUUAGUACAAAACCAACCAGAGCAGAGCGCGCUGAAGAAGCACUAUCCCACAUGGGCAGCUCUGUUUUCAGUGGCAUUACUCUCACAAAAUUUGGAGGAAUAGUAGUGCUUGCCUUUUCCAAAUCCCAGAUUUUCCAGAUCUUCUACUUCAGGAUGUAUCUAGCCAUGGUACUACUUGGAGCAACCCAUGGUCUAAUAUUUCUUCCCGUCCUACUUAGUUAUAUAGGACCCUCAGUAAAUAAAGCUAAAGCACGUGCAGCACAAGAGAGAAACAAAGGUACAGAGAGAGAGAGACUCUUAUUCUUCUAGCCAUUUUAAACAAAGUGGUCAGUGGACUCGUUAAAUUCUACCUGAAGCCCUCUUCACCAUAAGUUUCAGCAAGUUUCUAUGACUACUGUCGCACAACUACAAACCACUAUUACUGGACAGAUUAGAGAUCUACCCAAGUAGAUGACCAGUAGUUCUGAACAACUUGGACUCAGGAAGUACUGCAUAUUUCAGUUACAGUGUUACUAAAAUUGGAUCAUAAAUUAUUAUUAUUUAAUACAUUCUAGUUUUUAUUCUUGUGAAAGUGUUUCACACAAUGAAUUUGCUUUCCUGAUGAAAUCUAAAGUGACAUGUAUGAGAGUAGAUUGCUGACCCACUGACACUACUUUUUAAAUGCAAGGCAAUGCAAUUUGUGGCUCUAUUUUUAGGAGAGACAAAUGAGCCAUUAGUGGAAAAAUAAUAAUAUUUUAAUAAUUUGCCAAAGGGUCUCUGUGUAUAUAUACUUUAUUAUAAAAUAGGAAUUUUUGUAGGUCAAAAGUAUCAGUACAUAAAAUGCAAUAAAUUAAGUUUAUACAUUU